AUGUGUUUCUCAAAAUUUGCGAACGGCUCCUCGGACCGCAACGACAAGUUCGCGAUUCUGUCCCCAGAAGUGUUCCCCAUCCUGCCGCAAAGUCAGAGCAAAAAUAAGAAGCAGAUACUGUCACCCCGAAUGUUCUCCUUCUACAAGGACGGCUUCUUCUCGCUGCAGGAGUUGUUUAAGGCGGAGAGGGAUUCGGGU